AUGAAGACAGAAGAUACCCCUUCGUCAUGUCGAGAACACUCUCCGUUCAUUGGUUUCGAUGCCAAAAUGAAUGAAAUAUGUGCAGGGUGUGGUAAUGCCAUCUCAGAUCGCUUCCUGUUAAGAGUAAAUGAAAGAUCGUGGCAUGAGUGUUGUGUGAAGUGUGCGGCAUGUCUGCAAAGCCUCACUGAAACCUGCUACUAUAGAAACCGCCAGCUUUACUGCAAGGAUGAUUACGAAAAAAUUUUUGCUACCAAAUGUAAUAGCUGUAUGAAAACGGUGAAGCCAUCUGAACUUAUUAUGCGUGUUCUUAGCAAUGUGUACCACAUUGGCUGUUUCUACUGCUGUGAGUGUGAGAAGAGGCUGGAGCGGGGGGACGAGUUUGUCCUGAAGGAAGGUCAGCUGCUGUGUCGUAGUGAUUAUGAGAGGGAAAAAGAAAUGCUCAGUGCAUUUAGCCUGACACCUGCAGGAUCAGUUAAGAGUGAGGAUGAGGACGGGAGUCACCCAAUUGGAAAAGGAAGUGAGGACAGCAAAGACCUCAAAAGGUCAAAGCGACCAAGGACAAUAUUAACAACACAGCAGCGAAGAGCCUUCAAAGCAUCAUUUGAAGUGUCUUCUAAGCCAUGUAGAAAGGUUCGAGAAACACUUGCUGCAGAGACUGGUCUGACUGUGCGUGUUGUACAAGUCUGGUUCCAAAAUCAACGAGCCAAGAUGAAGAAAAUUGCAAGACGACAGCAGCAGCAAGACCAUGAACAAUUAAGCACACAGCGUUUGGGGUCUGUACGUGGGAACAGGGGAAGCAGCAGACAAAGCAACGAAGACAGCGAAGAUGGAGGGAGUGGAAUGGAAGGUGUGAUGGUUCCAUAUUCCAGGAUUUCCCAGCAGCAGUUAUUGUCACUGGAUCCGAACUCCUAUAACACAGACCUCUACAGACAGGGACUUACCCCGCCUCAGAUGCCUGGAGAUCACUUGCAUCCUUAUGAUGCAGAUGGUGUUUUCCAUGACAUGGACAAUGAAAACCUCAGUUAUGUAGGAGGAGCUAUUCUGACGUCUUCUGAGAACAAUUUACAUGCCCGCGUGGGACCGAUUGACCGUUUGUACUCCAUGCAAAGCUCCUACUUUGCUUCUUGA